CGUAAGAAUUAGGAGUCGCUGAUAAUUCAAUAUGAAGGACAACUUCAGUUUUGCCGCCACCAGCAAAAACAUCACCAGCAGCCUUCCUUUUGAUAGUCUCAACAUAUCUGGCACCAAUGAGUCUGCCUCUAACUGCUCGCACAAACCGUCAGAUAAGCAUUUGGAAGCAAUUCCUGUUCUCUACUACCUUAUUUUUGUCAUUGGGUUUGCUGUUAAUAUUGUUGUAGUCUCACUGUUUUGUUGUCAAAAGGGCCCUAAAAAGGUUUCCAGCAUUUACAUCUUCAAUCUGGCUGUGGCUGACUUACUCCUUUUGGCUACCCUUCCUCUCUGGGCAUCCUAUUACUCUUACAGAUAUGACUGGCUCUUUGGACCUGUAAUGUGCAAAGUGUUCGGUUCUUUUCUGACCCUGAACAUGUUUGCCAGCAUUUUUUUCAUUACCUGCAUGAGUGUUGACAGGUACCAAUCGGUUAUCUACCCUUUUCUGUCUCAAAGAAGGAAUCCCUGGCAAGCAUCUUACGUAGUCCCCCUUGUGUGGUGUAUGGCCUGUCUGUCUUCAUUGCCAACAUUUUAUUUCCGAGAUGUCAGAACCAUUGAAUACUUAGGCGUGAAUGCUUGCGUUAUGGCUUUCCCACCUGAGAAAUAUGCCCAGUGGUCUGCAGGGAUUGCCUUAAUGAAAAAUAUUCUUGGUUUUAUUAUUCCUUUAAUAUUCAUAGCAACGUGCUACUUUGGAAUCAGAAAACACCUGCUGAAGACUAAUAGCUAUGGGAAGAACAGAAUAACCCGUGACCAAGUCUUGAAGAUGGCAGCUGCUGUUGUGUUGGCGUUCAUCAUUUGCUGGCUUCCCUUCCAUGUUCUGACCUUCCUGGAUGCUCUGGCCUGGAUGGGUAUCAUUAAUAGCUGUGGAGUUAUAGCAGUCAUUGACCUGGCACUUCCUUUUGCCAUCCUCCUGGGAUUCACCAACAGCUGUGUUAAUCCCUUUCUGUAUUGUUUUGUUGGAAACCGCUUCCAACAGAAGCUGCGCAGUGUGUUCAGGGUUCCCAUUACUUGGCUCCAGGGCAAGAGAGAGACUAUGUCUUGCCGUAAAAGCAGUUCUCUUAGAGAAAUGGACACUUUUGUGUCUUAAAUCGGUUAAUGGGAUGCAUGUAAUUAGCUUAGCUACUCGUUUGGAGGCCCACACAAAUCAUCUUUAAGUGGCAUCAAUUUCUUUGCCUUAUCUAAUCUUUACUUACUCCCCCACAACAGGAGAUCAAGUAUAACUGUAAAUUUUUAUACUCCACCAACUUUCAGUAAUUGUGCCUUAUUUUUCUGGUCCUUUGGCACAAGAUUAUCAUGGGUGAGCUAUAUCUAUAAUCUAGAAGUAAUUGGGGGAGCUACCUCAACUAUAAUCAAUAACAAAAUAUGAGUGGUGAUUUGGAGUUUCAGAUUCCUCCCUGGAAAAUGCUGGCAUUUCUUAGUGGAGUUUUAUGUCCAUUUUCAUCAGAUUUUUUUCUUUCUCCUUGAACAAGGGCCAAUUUUAACUUCUUACAUUGUUCACCAUACAAUAUAGCAUGAGAGGUAAGCACUAAGUUUAGCAUGAUAUACUUUUCUAUAUAUUCCUUAGGUUGGUAGUGGUUUAUUCAGUCUCUCGUUGUAUGGUUUCCCCUUUUUAAAAAACUGUAAGUUGUGUUUCUUUUCCAUUUCACUUGAGUAUAGCUACAUACUGAGUAGGUCUAAGAACGUAGAUUAAAUUACAUGUAUGUGGUUUAGCUUAUUCUUGCAGUUUUAGAAAGUACACCACUUAGUAAAACAACUGCAAUGAAAAAAUACUUAUUACUUACUAAACUGAAUAUAUCCUUUGAAAACUUUUAAUCCAUUUUGACUAUUGUUUAAGGCGUCCUAUUCUCUUCUGAUGGUUUUUGAAUUCAACAAAACACUGUGUAUUGUUACACUAUGUAAAGGUCACUUUUUACAUUUUUAACCUUUUGAAUUGUGGUGCUUUGAUAUAUUCAAUGGUGACUUGAGUUUAAUUAUUCAUGCUUUUGUUCUGGGCUGUGUCCCAAAAUAUCUCUUUGACCCUGAAAAUGAGAGGAUUCUUUAAUUCUUUAACUUUAUAAUAAAUUGAAACCUGGCAUGGGAAAAGGUUAUGUCAGAAUGGAAUUUUGAUGCCUUCUUGGGGACAAAGAGACCCAGCACAUGGUAAGUUU